CUAUGGCCAAGAAAGCUGAGUUACGGCGGAGCUGCACCUUCUGUCGCACCCGCAAGAUCGCCUGCUCCGGCGAGCGCAUCUGCAAUGCUUGUCGUUCCCGGUCGAUUGAAUGUGUUUAUGAUCUGGAGAUCGCCAAAGGUCGACCUCGCCUGAACAAGACGACAUCCACCCGGGCCUCCAUAUCGGCCGGACCGGCCGGGCCCAGUCCCAUCACGCUGGAAGACGGAGAGCCGGGAGACGGAGGUCACUCCAUCACGUCGGCGGUUAACCCCAGCAUCACUCCUCUCACCGGAGUGAUGGCAGAGCUGGAGGUGAUGUUUCGCGAAAAUUUCGGUGAAGAUCCCAUGGCAGCCCCAUCGAAUCAAUUCCAGGACCGAGUGGCUCGCUUCAAUCGAAAUUUAGCGGCCGGAAGAGCCAGCCAGGGCCCAUCCACGCCGGCGGGCAGUCUCACUUACCCCGGAUUUUUGGCCCUAUUGAUGCAGGAUCUUGCUGAGACAGUCACCGGUAAAUUCGGUGACCUGGGCUGUCAUCCCUUCUUUGGACCUGGGGAGCGCUUCUAUCGCGCCUGCAUGCUUCAGGACACCACGAAGACCAUGUUCGAUACUGCGUGUCUCCCAUCACCUUCCACUUCUACGCCAUCGGGUGGUGAAGCGGACAUCUUGGCCGAUUACAACUCACAUCUGAUCACUCAGCAUCUCGAGGUCUGGAUGAGUAACCAUCCCUUAUCGAUUAUCAUUUCUAAAUCCCUGCUGCUCCGCGAUCUGCGUAGCCAAACAGCCAAUCGGGUACUGUUGGCGGUCAUGCUGGCAGACGCUCAUCACUUUGCCGAUAACUCUGCCAAGGGGGAUCGCCUGCUGCAGUGGGCCGUCUCCCAACUCUCGAACAUUCCUGCGGGCCAGGAAGAUCUUACUACCGCGCAGAUUACCCUGUUAUUGGGCUGGUUUCAUGUCUGCCGCGGACACUCCCGCCGGGCAUUGUGCUAUGUGGGCUACGCCGGUCGCAUCACGACCAAGCUGGCCAGCCAGCUGCAUGAAUCGCCUCUGACUGGUCAGACGCACAUAAAUGGCAUCGAUCGGGGCGCUGUUGAAGCAGAGAUGAUCCACCAUAUGUACUGGGUGAUGUUGGCCCUUACUGUAUGGUCCUUUAUCCAGAUGGACAUGCCUCUAGCGGAUCUCCUCCCCGCGCAGCUGUUGCAGGUACUCCCUGCAAGAACAACGCCCGAUUCCACGCUGCUGCAACUGGAUCGCGCGACGGAUAAUCUAUCUACCCUCAAGCCCCAACUCUCUUCAUUACAGUCAGUUUGGCUCUUGUCACACGUAACCGUUCUCAGCGCCCACCUGUACGCUCUGUAUCCCCAACACCUUCGCAGUCCUCCGGAGCCGCAACCAUGGCAAGAUCUAAUGCUACAUCGGCUCAACCGUCUCCUGCGACAGGGACGUAGUAUGACACAGAUUUGCUCUGAUUCUCGAAACGCUCUCCUGGACAUUAUCGUGGUGCUGCAGAAGGAGUCGGCCCAUGGUCGCGGGGAACCUACCCUGCUCGCCUUGUACCUGGCCGUAUCGAUACACCUUCUCUUCCCACGCGAUGAGACCGGCCAUCAUGUCCACAACUCUCAGACCUUUGUUCUGAGCGAUACGCUCUUUCAACAAUUGAUCGCGUCCAUACAGGAUUUGAAGCAGCUCUUUCCAGCCAUCAGCUCCGUCGCGCGGCAUGACUCGGCCCAGCCAGCCAGCACGGGUUCUGCCGGAUUGCAUUUUUACCUCCUCGCCUUGGACGCCCUCGGUCGGGCUCUCAUGUACGUACUCACUGUCUGGGACCGUGUUACGGCGGUAGAGCAGCGGGUCUGGCAGGAUCGACUUCGCGGAUUGUUGGACGGGGGCCUUGCGAUGCAUGACCUGUUCGAAUACGAUGCUCUGUUACAAGAUCACCGAUGGCGCUCAGUGAAAAAGCACCUGAAGACUGCAUGCAAGGGAAUCAAAGGAGUGCUUUCCGGCAGCCGGGACCAGGGCUCUCGCAGCUCCUCGUCUUCUGUCUCCUCUCUGGACCUGUCCUUCGCGUUACCGUCGCGGCCAACACCGGCGAUGGGCAUCCCCACCAGUGAGGAAGGCCGCAGCGAGAUGAUGUUCCCCACGAUGCCCUCUGCCAGCGGCGUACCCUCAUCCAUCUCGUCGUCAAUCUCGCACAUCUCCCGCGAAGUUGGCCUUAGCUGGCCAGGGGACGGGCAAAUACUCCCGACCCAAGAACAAGGACCACGAGAGAGCUCGCAUCCCGCAGCGUCGGAUUUGUCUGACUUCGACCUUGCCCCCUUCGUGUCUUUGGGAUCGGUCGACUCAAUGCAAAAUGGGGACGAACGAUCUCGGAUCAUGCAGCAAUUUUCUCCCAACCCGAUGUCACUGCCUUCAUUCUGGCACGACCCACAAUUCAGCCCGGCGCACCACUUGGUGGGCACGAUGCCCCCGCCGUCAUUGAUCUCGCUGGCAGACCUGGGAAUGGGCGAGCGGGGGCAGAAGCGCUCAUCGGAGAAGUUGAGUGGUUUAAGCGAGGGGGAUACGCCGGGGACGAGUGCAGAUGGGGGGACAAAGAGGCGAAUGAAGGGGAUGUAA